UGGCUUUAAGAAAGGAAUUCAGAAAUGCCAGGUCCUGGCAGCUGCACGGAAACGGCCGCGGAGAUCCGAUCGCUGGGGGGGAAAAAAAUCGAAAAGAUUCAUUUUCGUCGUAGGACCGAAUUCAUUCGCCGGAUGCGGCGCCGGAGAGAGAUAUAAGCGAACACUGGCAUUUUUUAUUUUAUUCGGAGCGGCUUUUGUGUGGGAUUGAGAGGGCGCGCGUGUUUAUGGCGCUGCCAGGACGCAGCUCUCAGUGAUCUCCACUGAUGUUUCAUUAAAGCCAUAACACCCCUUUGUUCUUUUGGCUUUGUCCCCAGGGGGAGUGAAAAAGGGCUUUUUGGUUUUGAUUAAAAAAAAAAAAAAAAAAGUUCAGAGAGAGAAGAGGGAGGGAGAUCUUUGCAGUUGUAACUUACUCAACAACAAGGUGUGAGCUGAUUCCUCUUCUCUCUCCUCUUUUAUACAUUUUGUUCUCCCUUCUCCGCUGUGGAUUUACUUUCUGCCUCCGCUUGGAUUUAUUAAAGGGCAGCGAUGAGAGCCGAUCACAUGGGAUUAUUAUUAUUAUUACUGGACUUUUAGCGCAAAGGAGCCGCCGCUGUCGCAUAAACGAGGAUAUUUGUAAAGACUCCUGGCAGCCAUGAGUUCUGCUGGAGUACUGACCUGCAUCCCAGACUCUGGACGUAUCUUCAGGGAAACUUCUUUGCGUCCACCUGUACCAGGCCAGGAGACUAAAAACUACAAGCCCGAAAAGUUCACCAUGGAUUCUCAGCACUUAAAACACAAGGAAGAUUUUAUCCGUGAAGCUGAAGGCUGCGUUGCCCAUGAUUCCCGCUUUUCCAGAUGGGGCAGGUCUCUAAAUCUUCUGCUGGACGACCAGGAUGGAGCAACACUUUUCCGCAUGUACUUGGAAGGGGAAGGUCUUGGGGAUCUUUUAAGUUUCUGGUUUGCUUGCAAUGGAUUUAGGGCUAUGGACCCAUCGGAACCCAAGACAUCGAAAACAGCUAAAGCCAUAUAUCGCUGGUAUGUACAAAAUAGUUCAGCCGUUUUAUGCCGCUUAAAGCCAUCCACCCGCACCCAAGUGAAGGAGUGUGUGAAGAACCAACAAUUGAACAAGACUGUGUUUGACCAGGCCCAGCAAGAGAUACAAAGGGCAAUGGAGCAGGAGGCAUUUACCUCCUUUUUGCAGUCUGAUAUAUGCAAGGAGUAUGCUCGUGGUGUUGAAGACAGUCCAACUCCAGACAGUCCUGGGCCAGGGCUUCCAACAUUGGCUGAGGAUGAGGAGUUUGGAGGGUUACACCAUUUUUCUUCUGGAAUUGGGAAAAUAAAUCGUGCCUUAGGUCGGAUCCCUCCUAGAAACCAAAGGUCUCAUUUUCGAAAAUCGGAACCAACCUAUCCGUACUUUGCUCCUGCAGCCAGUAUCAACGACAGUGAGAUAUCCAGCGAUGCUUUGACAGAAGACAGUAUGUCCAUGACAGAUGCGAGUGUAGAUGGAAUUCCGCCGUAUCGCUCAAAAAAGCAGAGGGAGAUCCACCGGAGCGUCAGCGCCAAUGGACAAGUGUCUUUGCCUUUUGUUCCAAGGACUAUGCGUCCACCAGCGGAGAUGAUGCCAGCCAGUCCGGCAGAGUUUGCAGCCAAGCUGACGAUGGCUUUGGAGAGAGUAAAGAAACAAAGGGAGGCUGAAGAGAAACUGGAAGAAAGGUUGCAGAGGUUAAAAGAGGAUGAAGAAAAAGCCGACUAUGACAUCCCGCCAUCCAAUCACGAGACGGCACCUGUGGCUGCUUUAGAGGAUGAUCCACAGUCCAUCCUUGAUGACCAUGUAUCUAGAGUUCUGAAAACGCCAGCAAAUCUCUCUCCAAGGGCGCAGUCCCCUUUCGUUCAAAGAAAAGGCAAAUUUCAACCAGCCUCCUCGAAAGGGCAGACUUCCGCAUCUUGUCACUUGCGUCCCAAAGUUCCUCAGGGUAUGGAAACGUCUUCCACGUUGGCAUCCGAGCACCGAAGCUCUUUGAGUCAACUCCCAAGAAGCUCCAGAAAACCAGAAGGUUGCACACAGCCCCACAAGCCAGAGGAAUCGACCUCGUCGGCUGUGCUGACCACUCCUCUCUCUCCAGAGCAGGAAGCCGAGCGCAGCCACAGUGUCUUGCAAUGGGUUCUAGAUAGCGCAAAGUUGAUGAAAAAACACCAUCGAGAACCAACUGCCAGUGUUACUCACUGCCCUGAACUAAAGAAGGCCACGCACCGUGCAGCAUCCCAACCAGCCCAUUUGUUCCUGCAAGAUACUUCCAUGCCUCCACUUACAGCUCCCAACACUCUGGAUCAACUGGAAGAGGCCAGGAGGCGUCUUGUAGAAGAUAAGCGAGUUCCAAAACUUCAUAAGCCCAGGUGUGCACAGUCUGCCACGCUGAAAGAAAAAAGCAAAACCAUGGAAAGUGUCCCUUCCUCUGGCUUUUCUACUCUAAAGCUUUCAGAAGAGCAUAAGGCAGCCAAGAAACCAAGUUCUGAGUGUCAAGGCCAAGGCCUUGCCAUUGUCUACUACUUCUGCGGUGAAAGGAUACCUUACAUGAUCCGUACCAAGGAGCCAAGCUUGACUCUACAAGAGUUCAAAGAGUUGUUGAGCAAGAAAGGAAGUUACAAGUAUUAUUUCAAAAAGGAGAGCCAUGAAUUUGAAUGCAACGCGGUUUUCCAAGAGGUCUCUGAAGAAGACGCUGUAUUACCUUUGUUUGAGGAAAAGAUAAUCUGCAAGGUGGAAAGAGCAUGUUGACCAUGAUAUGGAACUGCAAGUGGAGUGGAGUUAUUUGCUGCUGUCUAUAUGGGUUCAUAGAAAACAUAGCCAAGAAUGGCGGCCAUUGAUUCAGAAUUCUCUCACCUUGGUCCAUUCUUGGAGAAGACAAAUCCAAACGGUAUUUCCUUUCAAAUUAAAGGAAUCCUAAGAGCAAAUUUAAGUCCCAAGAGGAGCCAAUGGAGUACCUAUGAAUGAAUCAAACAAUCUGAGGGAAAGGUGAAAUCGAUAUUUUUCACAAAGAGGAGGAAUUAUUGUUUGAUGGGAGUCCAUCUUUCCCCAGGGUCGCAUAACUGAUGUUUUUAGAGGAUGUGACUUUGGACUCUUUGCAUCUAAAUAAAAAAGAAACAAAACUUCGUUCCGGAUAUGCCACUAUCUAUAAUUUGGUACUUAAAAUGUACAUUUAUUUUUAUUCUGCGUAUUUAUGAAACGGAAGAUGUUUUUGAUCAUUUGGUGAACAAGCAAAUCCUUGCCAUCGUUUGGAGAAUGUUCUAUAAUAAUGUUUGAAGUAGAAAUCACCACUAUAAAUGCUAAAAAAAAACAAAAAACUGGUAAUCUGCAGGCUGUCCCUGUCACAGUCGGAGAUGCAGCCUCGUCUUCAAAGUGCUCGAUAUUUGAUAAACAUAAAAAAUCGACUCUGUUUGUCCUGUACGAAUGCACAUGUACAUCUACAGUAUCCCAAGGACUUUGCAAUGGAUGCCGCAGCUUCAAAGGCAUGGAAACAAAGUAAGGAAAAAAAAAAGCAAGACUUAUAAGUCGAAUGAACUGGGAACAUGAAUAAUUUAUGGCUGCAUGAGAUCCUGCUUUCUUCCCCCUCCCUUUACGAUUGAACUCCUGGUCAUCAAACUAUGCAAAGAAUUGAUAUGCUGCUCUGAAGUUUCACUGGCUGCAUUAAUGUUGUGUGUUUGUAAAUUGCAUCACAGCAAUGCUUGUGCCGUCCCAGGUCACAGGGAAGGAACUGCUAAACGCUGCCCAGCCCACCCUUUCUGGCAGUCAGAGAUCUAAUUAUAUAUUGAGGUCUGAUAUUUUAUAUUUUGUUUUGUUUUUUUUUAUAUAUAAAUCUAACUUAUUUUAUAAAUAGAUUUUUUUUUAUAGUAUUUGGUACUCAAAUUAGGACCUUCCGAUAUAUAUAUUUUUUCUCUGUUCAGUUUUAUAAACAGAGGGGUCCCUUUUAAUGAGAGUUUGGGGCCCAAACAUGAGUUGAAAGGCAAAGGACUUGCUGGGAUCUCACUAGCACAAUCUGCACAGGAUGGAUGGAGUCUUAACUCACAGUGGUACUGCGAACUGAAUGGACUGUACUUUUUUCCUUUACAGACAUGCGUUAUUUAAGAUUUAUAAUAUAUUUAUCUUAUACUCUGUUUUAAGGGUGUUUUAUUGUCCCUUAUUUCAAAGGGUUUGUUUUGCCUUUUGUAGAUGUAAAAAGAACAUGCUUGCUGUUAAAACAGUGAUGACGGGGCAUUUUGUGGGUUUGAAUCCAUGGCAUAUUAAAGAGGGUCUAAUAAA